AGCAGAGCCGAGCUGCGAGCGUUCGUUCACUCUCCUCUUCGUCUUCCUCCAGUAAUCAGCCGUGGACUAUGGACACUUGCCCCGCAGCGAGCACGUCCUGACCGGCGUCGUGGCGCAGAGGAGGCGCACAGCUAGCAGAAGCCCAGUGUGAGGAUGAUGUAACAGCGAGAGGCCCCUGCUCACCACUCAGGCCAUGGCUUCCAUGCCACUCCUUUUAGUAAGCUUCCUCAUCUCCUCCCUCCGUCCAUCUGAUGGCCAGGUCGUCAUUGGCAUGUCGCCUUCCUUCUCUCCUCCGGAUCUUCCCAAAGACUCUCAAGCCACCACCAAGCAGACAGAUGGAUCCUGGUCCUCUUUGCCUCCCGGCGGGCGCAGUGCCGUGCCGGCUAAGGUUACAGCGCGGGAUCGGCUGACAACAACAAAUGCAGCGCAGCAAAGGCCGAGAAUACACUCCACUAUGUCAACCCUUUCGUCUCAGACGAGGAGCCGUGGGACAAACGCCACCGGGCCCAAGGUGGACUCGAGUAGCCCGCCACUCAGAAAGACAUCGAAGGAAAAUGUGCUCACUGACAAAGCGGUGACUGCCGGAGUUCAAGAGACACGUGAUUUGCAGGGACUCGGAUCAGGUAGCGCAACGCUGAUUCUCGAAAAGGAGGAAUUGCUCGCGCCUGUGCCGACGACUAUCGAUGAAUCGGCUCAGUAUCGAGCGCAAGCGCAGACUGAAAUAGCUGAUGUGAGCAAUUCAUCACCGGUCGCUCGGGCUACGGAGCCGCAAGUGACCACCCAAACUGUCUCACGAGCAGCUCCGUCUGAAAUAGCGACACAGGCCACGCCCCCUGCCGGUGAUUUGGAACUUCCCAUUGACAGAAAAAAGGGAUCAGUGACUUUAAACCAAGCCUCCAAUGCCACCACGGUGGGAUCUACUGGAAAACAUCCGCAGACUCCAAGACAGCCGGUCACCAAACCAAACGAGAUUUCACUCCCAAAGAUCCUAACCGAGAAAGUAACUGAAAGAACAACUACAUCUGGAACGCUCCUCGCUUCCGAGUUGGAUGGGAAAAGACCAACCAAAGCAACAAACAAAACGACACAUUUGGAGAGGAACAGAACACGGACAUCUGUGCAGCCAACAGCUAACCCGACAAUCUUGGCUACCAGCGUCGCACCAGUCACCCAAGUCAGCUUCAUUGAUCCGAAGACUCGCUCCAUUUUAUUAGCGGAUCCUCAUCAGGCUUCCAUGUCGCCCCCGUCUGCCAGCGCCGCACCCUCCCCAAAUAGAAGCCUCAUCUACUGGGGUGACCUGAGCCAGAAUCUUACUUUUGCGUGGGAGCUACAUGUCUACGGUUCGGCAAGCCUUUUCUUGCUUUUGUUUGCCGGGUCGGCUCUCGGGCUCAUCUUGUCCCCGGGUUCGAGCUGUCCUCAUCGAGGGGCUCUCGUGCUGGCCAACGCCCUGUUAUUUCUGGUCGGAGCACUCCGGGCAGCUCUAUUUCUGAUCGAUCCCUACGGGACGCAUAAAAUCCUCCCUCGUUCGGCAGUUGCGGCUAUUUACAACUUGCCGCUCCACUUGCUGGUUUGGACUCAGGCUGCCUUGGCCCUGCUGGCCCUGAAGGCGGCCGGAGUGACAGUUUUACCUUCAACGUUGGAGCGUCCUCCCCUUGUGGCCGUGUUGGCUGUGCUUCAAUGCACUCUGCUGCUGGCAGCAGAUCUGUUUUCGCCAGCUCUGUCGCCCGUGGUGCCUGUCACACUGCAGGUUCUCGCCCUAUGCUGGGGUCUGGGUCUCUGUCUGGGAUUCCUCUUCUAUGUCUUCCCACGAAUACGUUGCCCUCCCAUUUCUCACCCCGGACUCAACGAAGAAGCCAGGAGAAAGGCUUGGACAGGGAGUAGGAAAGAAGGGAUCAUUCUUGGAAAGGUGCUGGCGGUUUGUGCGGUUGUUGGAGCACUUUGCUGUGGGUUACAUGUUCAUGCCACCUUUUGGCUCUAUGGACUUCUCGGGGACUGGAUGAGCUUUAACUGGGGCUGGUGGCUGGUUCAUUUCUGGGCCAGACUACUGGAGCUGGCCUGGAGCUUCGGCCUCCUUCUCUUAGCUUCGUGGGUGUUCUGGAGGCCCCACUGUUGCAGAGGAAGAGACGAGGGGGGAGCAGGAGAUGGAGGAACGGCAGGAGACGUGCCGUCCCCUGGCCAUUCUGGACCUUCCUCUCAGCGGCACACGUGCUGGUCCAAGAUAGUCCAGAGUCUGACGGGAAAACCGUGCAGAAAGUCUGAUAGUAACGGUGUUGGAGCAGGAGGUCAAGCAGAGGUGCCCAACAACUGGGCUGGCCAGGAACGUUCCGGAGUGGACAUCACAAAGAGUCUCAUCAGGAACCAUAAUCACGAUCAAGCACCUGCGCAAGCUCAGUCCGUCAAAGAUAGCAACCGAGUACGCAACCACAGGGGUCGUUCGGCCGAACGCGGCAUAUCCGAUGACUCCACAAGCUCCCUGCUGAAAAUGCAGGCACUCGGACUGACUCCGCAACGCUCCGUCAGUGGAAAUCUGGAGACCGACAGAGACCCCUCGCUCUCAAUGUGUGACUUUGAUCUUCGACCCCCGUCUCCCAUUAACCUCACCCGCAGCAUCGAUGAGGCUCUGCACCGAGAACACCUACUCGAAGGGGGUAGCUUGUUUCAACCUUUUAACCAAAAUUCGCAAUCGCCCUCCCUCGGAUCCGGAGUCAUACCGGGGCUCUGGCUGCGCAGAAACAGUGACCCUCCAUUUUCCGAGAGCAGCGAGGCUCCCACAGAGUCCUCCAUGCCUCUGGGGGGCAGCGUUCUCAGCAGUGUGCCUAGCAGGCAGGUAACUGCUCCACCCACACCUUCCCAUCAGGGUCACAGGUGGGCAGGGAACGAGACGGGAAACGUCCCCUCGUCCGUGUCUUGCCCCGUGUCGCUUCACCCCACCAGAAUAUCAACGGGACAUCUCGGGGAGGAGGGAGUGGACGACACGCGACCCUUCAUCACACCAGACUCUGAGCAGGCGCGGGGGAGGGCUACAAGGCCCAUCGGGUCACGCAGUUACCUGGAAGUCAGCCGACAUGACGACUCUGCAAGUGUGAGCAGUGAAAUUAUUGACUUAUGAAACAAAACAUCCAUCCAUGCAUUCAAUUUUUUUUCUCGCUCAUUCUUACGAGGGUGAGAUGGAGCCUAUCGUCGCCGACCGAUAUCAAGAAAGAAGCAUUCACGCUCACAACAAUUUAAAAUCUACAAUGAAUCUAACGUGCAGUAUUUUAAAAUAUCUGAGAAAACUCACACAAGCAUGAGACCAAACGACCGCUCAUCAUUUUUUUCCUCCCAUGGUCAUAGCAUAAUGACUGUUUGGCUAGUGAGCUUGCAAACAAACUAGCUUAGCGCUAAGCUAAUAUGAUGCUAGUCCAACACGAGGUAAAACAUCCAGUCUACCACUGACUAGAGUACAGCACUUGAUCCUGGAGGCUAAAAUAGUAAAAAUAAUAAACUAAAAAUGAAAAACUUGCUGGUGUAGAUGAUGUCAAUUAUUUGAGAACAUCGUGGAAAACGCAUACAUUGCGUUCCGAGGGAUUGUCCCUCCUGAUUGAACUCAUUAAGCUUCCCUAAUAAAAUCUAAUUAGAUCAUCAAAUGGUUGACUGAGAACAUCGCCAAACAUCAUGAUUACGGAUAAAAGACAAACUGAGCUCUUGUCGUUCACUUUUGUUUCCAUAUCAACAAUCGUGUUUGCUUUCUUUUGUUCCAGAGUUUUCAAUUCAAUUUUCCUUUGUCAUGUAACAAUGUGCCAUCCAUGACUUUUGUUUCGUGCUUGUAAUGGUUCUGUAAACCCGCAGCCGAUGCUAAUUAAAUUGUCAAGUAUUUGUAAGCCCUUAACAUCCUACUACAUGUCAGGGCUGCUUUGGAAUUGACACGGGAUUGAUUUAAAAUCACAACCACAUUCACACUUAGAUACAUUACAUGUAGUAUAUGCUUACAUGCGGUUAACAGUAGAUUAUCAGUAUCGGGUAACAUCAAUAGCAUAACACAGAAUUCAAAUAGAAACGCUGAAUUUCAACCCGCCACAGAUUUCCAGGACUGCGCCGAGAAUUAACAUCUGGCUUGGCAUGAACACACUAUGGCUGCACUUAACUUUUCAUCAAAGCACUAGACUGAAGUAUUUUAUUACUCGAGAUUAAGAAAAAAAAGUGUCUUUCAAAUAUAUUCUAUAGAAGCAACAAUGUAAAUACUUUUAUUUUUAUGUUGAAUAAAGAUAUAUUUGAAACAUA